AUGGCUGAUAACAACAACGAUGAAGGAAGUGCCAAGAGCUAUGUUUUCCCUCUCAGGAACCCUAAUGUUACCCUUAACGAGAGGAAUUUUUCAGCCUUUACACACAGAUCAGCUGCUGCUCAUCCUUGGCAUGAUUUGGAGAUCGGUCCAGAAGCUCCUGCUGUUUUCAACUGUGUUGUUGAAAUUAGCAAAGGUGGCAAGGUGAAGUACGAGCUAGACAAGAACAGUGGCCUUAUUAAGGUUGAUCGUGUUCUCUACUCAUCCAUUGUGUACCCACACAACUACGGUUUCAUUCCUCGAACCAUUUGUGAAGACAGUGAUCCAAUAGAUGUCCUGGUACUAAUGCAGGAGCCUGUGCUAACAGGAUCAUUCCUCCGUGCCCGUGCUAUUGGUUUAAUGCCCAUGAUUGAUCAGGGUGAAAAAGACGACAAGAUAAUUGCAGUGUGUGCUGAUGAUCCCGAGUUCCGUCACUACAGAGACAUCAAAGAGCUUCCUCCUCACCGUCUAGCUGAAAUCCGUCGCUUCUUCGAAGACUACAAGAAGAACGAGAACAAGAAAGUCGACGUCGAAGGUUUCCUCCCAGCUCAAGCUGCCAUAGACGCAAUUAAGGACUCCAUGGAUCUUUACGCAGCAUACAUCAAAGCUGGCCUGCAGCGUUAA